GGGGCCGCGGAGCGGAGGCGUGCGCGAAGCGCGGCGUGCAGUCGGCGGCUCCGAUCGGCGGCGGUCCGCAGCGCCCGCGUCGGUGAGAGGGCAACCAUGAGUGACCGAAAGGCAGUGAUCAAAAACGCGGACAUGUCGGAGGAGAUGCAGCAGGACUCCGUGGAGUGCGCUACGCAGGCACUGGAGAAGUACAACAUCGAGAAGGACAUCGCAGCGCACAUCAAGAAGGAAUUCGACAAGAAAUACAAUCCUACUUGGCACUGCAUCGUGGGAAGGAACUUUGGCAGCUACGUGACUCAUGAGACCAAACACUUCAUCUACUUCUACCUCGGCCAAGUCGCUAUUCUUCUCUUCAAGUCUGGUUAGCACCACGGACUCUCAGCAGCACUGCACCUGGCUGCAGGACUGCACAGCAAAGCCAAGCAGCCUGCUACCCUCAGCCUUCCUGAGGACACAGACCUCGAUCUUCAGGUCUUGUGUUGUAUUGUUAAUGAUCAGGGAUUUGUCUGUAGUAGCUGGUAUUUUCAUUGUGGCUAUAAAGGUGUCUUCCUCGUAUUUAUUUUCUUUCAAAACAAAGCUUAUUUGCUAAUAAAACUAAUGGAGCAGUUUA